AUCUAACAUUGUUUGAAGUCACCUGACAAAACAGCAUUUUACACAAAAGGUGUUUUUCUAGUGAGGUUCUAAAGUAGAACAAAGACUCGCAGUUUUAAAUGUAAUGUAGUUAAAAUACUACUUUUCUAACAGAAACGUCAACGCAGGCAAAUAAAACUCUUCAUACUGGGUCACGUGGCUUCCUAUCUCAGCACUGCUCCCCAUCUUGCAGAGAUGAUAAAAUCUUGCAUAGCUGCAGCUUUUAAGAUGAAAUACGUUCAAGUUUCAAGUAUAGCCGAUGGAAAAAAAUAUGCAGCGCAUUAAAAGUUCAACUUUUCUACAUAAAAAAAUCAGUUUACAGGGUCAAAACAUGGGCUAAAAAGUGAAGCAGAAAAACGACCCUGCUGAUUAUGUGCACAGUGUGCUGCUCGGAGCGUGAGUGCUGGGGUGUUUUCUACUGCUAUAGUUGGAUGAACACUUGAGGAAACAGUGCAUCUGUCCUCUGCGAUCCUGCGCGCUGAAGUUGGACACUCUGGGAAUUUUCUUGCGUCCGUUCGAAAAAACUUGGUCGUCCAAUCCGUGUGCAGCUCCUGCACACUGGCUCCUCCUUCCCCUCUCCCUCUGCCUGCUCCCACAUGUAACGCUAUCGGUGCCUGUCUGUUGCAUUGUCUCAUUGGGGACGCAGCGCACGGAGUCCACCGCUGCGGACAACUCCGGCGGACCUGCGAGCUUUAAAGUGACAGGGGAGGGAAAAAAUGGAUAAUGUCGACCGGAAAUGAAAACCUGGGAUAGUAUGAGUCAUGGUUCGUUGAGGUGUCUUCAGUCUGCCGGUGGAUCCAUUAAUUCCAGCCCUGUGUCAGUCAGUCAGCGGGGCUGCCUGAAGCCGUGAGGCUGCACUGCACGUUAGAAUGAGCCGCUAUCGUUGAUGUUGCGUUAAACCAAGCAGCUGCUAUGUUGAAAUCCCUCAUUCGGACCUGUGUGGCUCUACCUGGUGCUGGACCCUAGCCCGUUCCUUCCCUUAUCCCCGUGUGCGGUAACUGAGCGGUGGUCAGCGGUGCGCCCUGAGGAGGAUGGCCGCCCGCCGCGGAUGCGUGAACUCGCUCUGGUCGGGCACCGAGCGCGUCCGCAUCGGAGAGCGCCUCAAAGCGACGCUGGCCGGGGUGCUGGAGCUGGAGGUGCUCAGGUGCAAACACCUGGAGAUGGUGGACGCCGCUCUGGAGGAUCGAGCGCCCGUUGCCGCCGAGGAUCCACGGGCGGCGGAGGAGGAGGAGGAGGAGGGAAGAGAGACCUCGGAAAGCGGCGCAAUGGAUGCCGAGCAUGGCUCUGCGACAUCCCGCCGGCAACAGGAUCCUUCUCCCUCUGACACUGCCUGUCAGAGCAGCCCAGAGGAAUGCGGAGGUAAUUCGGGGGACGGGGCGGCUCACCUCUCAUCGGGCAGAGGGAGUAGCUCACGUUGGUCCACUCUUUCCUGGGACGCUCCCUCUGACUUGCUUUCUCCCCCAACCCCGGACCUUAAUGGUAUGAUCCCCCUGGACAGCGACUCCAGACCUAGUUCAGGUUUCUAUUCAGUGAGCGGCAGCUCCCUGUCAGACUCUUGCUACUCUGUGUCCAGCGACGCAGCCCAUGGAGGACCAGUGGCCCCUGCCAGGCCCCUGAAGCUGUGGGAGCAGGUUCCUGUGUGUGCUGACAACACUGACCUCCUGUGGUCAGAAGGUGUAGUGCACCUGCAGCAACCUGUACUCCAGGACAGCCAGGAGGAUGCUGAACAAACAGAAGAGACGCCAGUUUCUGUCCCAAAUGACCUUGAAGCAACUGGUCUGAUCUUUCUGUCUGAACUUUGUUCAGGACUUGGCGAUUCCCUGAUUUCUUUCAUCCUUCCGCUCCUCAAUCCUUCAUCCUCCUCCUCCACCUCCUCCUCCCAAAAUUCAAAACUCCAGCUUGACUCCCGAUACUGCACAGACCUGAUGUCCCGUCGGACCAAAGAGGUUUACUCAUACCCAAGCCCACUGCAUGCUGUUGCCCUCCAAAGCCCCCUCUUCACCACCCAGAAUCCAGAACAGUCAGCCUCUGUGAGCCCUGAGGGACCCCAGCAUGAUGAACCCACAGAGUCAAACGCUGACACAGCUCUGCCUCUCCAGCCUCAGCAGCCUCCCACUCCGCCCUCCUUCACCCAGUUGGAGCAGUACAUCUCUCGUCUGGCUCGCCAGUACCACAGUCGGGCAAAAUCCACCUCUGAUCUCACCUCACCUGCCACCCCUGGGGCAGUCACACACAGAGGCCUUUGCACCCCUGGCAAAACUCACGGAUCCACCCAGUCUCUUUCUGCCUUCGAGAGCCGCAGCACACCCUCCACCCAGCCAGGCGUCAACAUCACACCCUCUAAGUCACUGCUAGGGAACUCAGCCAGAGUCAGCCUUAGCACCACCGGAAAAAAGGGCACCAGGAAUUCAAUCAACCUGGGAAAUCUUCCUUCAGCCACCGGAGAAGACUUAAACAUAAAUCUGCAUCUAAACCUCAACUUGAACCUGACUCCCGGUUUAAAUUCUGGCCAUGGGCUGGUGGACAAUCCCAGAAACGGAGCUCUGAGGAGAGACUUUGCUGCCAAUUCCACCGCUUCUGCCUCAUCACAUUCUUCUUCUACACCCACCCCAGCAAUGAGAUCUCGCCCUCGCAUUUCAACUUGUCCAAGCAGCCUGAGCCACCGCAGCUCCCUUGAGGUCCCACUGGCGUCUGGAGCCAGCUCUGGGUUUGGCUCAUCAGCCUUCUGUCGCUCAUUAGACUGGAGCAGUGGUGCUCCACCUGAGGCUGGACAGCCAGUGUUUGGCGCAAAUGCAGGAUCAGCUCCCGGAUCUCAGCGCAGCAGCUUGAUCCAGGAGUCCAACUCCAGUCCAAAGUUAAGUGAAGACUCACCCAUGGUGGAGGAGAUCUCCCGCCUCUCUGGCCUGUCUCGAGCUGUUGUAGUCGGACUCAUGGAACAAGGCGUGGAGCUAGAUAUUGACUGCUUCCCAACAGAUACUGCAGGUGAGGUGAGAGGCCACACUAAAACUCACCUGACAGCCCAAACAGAUCAGUCACAUGACUAUACUAGACUGACAGACUUGAAUCCCCAGAGACCAAUACAGCUGUCCCUCAGUGUCACCCAUUCUCCACAGUCUCAGUCCAGCCUCACCCCUCCUCUCUCACACUCCAGCAGCCCCAUACACCCCUACCAAUCCAUGCACAUUCCCUCCUCCCACUACUCCUCACACUCCCACUACCAACAGACACCUGACCUUCCUUCCUCCACAGCCUCCUCACCCGCCUCCCGCCCUACCCCAAGAGGUCGCUCACCUCCACGCCCUCUCCAGCCAUCCCCCCUGGGUGCAACUCCCCUCUCUGUUUUCCGACGAGAUGCACCAUUCCAGUGCUCCCUGCCCCGCACCAAUACCAGGACCUCUCCUUUCGAGCAUGGCGGGAUCCAACCAAGAGGAGGAUCACUUCGGCAGAGCAGUGGAGGAGGCGAGGGUAACAGCAGGCGGAAGAGGGCGGAGGGCGAUGGGCUCUACAGAGGAAAGCAUGCCUCCCAUAAGCUGAUCAGGGCAGCAACAGUUAGCAGUUAUGCAAAGAGAGAGGACUACAGCUCCGUUUGGGGUGAGGAGGAGGAGAAGUCGCGAGCAGCCGCUCACACAUCCAAAAAGUCCUCCAGCAAACUCUGGAAGGGCUUUGAGGGACGCCUCUGGAGCAAAGAGUCUGAAAGUGAAAGAGAGGAGAUAGACAGGGCAGAGUAUGGCUAUGGAUGGAGAAGGAACAGCGUGGGAAGCUGGAGAAGAGAGCACAGAAGGGUUAAAGCUUCUAGCAGCGGUGACAAAAGGCCUAAAGUAGACAACUCUCCUGUCUUCUCAAAGAAGAGAGGUAAAGAUGAUGGGGAGAGACGCAGCUCAAGCCUCAGGCUUUCCAGACGGGCUCUGUUCAGGAGUGAAUCCCAGGGCUUGCUGGUACCUCGGAACCACAGCGAAGAGCCCACAAAGCGGCCACACUGGGUCUCCUCCUUGGAUGUGGGGCACGGUGGCAUGGGGAUCAGAAAAGACGAAGGGGUCAGACUACUGAGAGCGAAGGAGGAGGACAAACGGCUGUCUUCCACCGCCAGCCUCUUUAACCUCUCUCGUUCUCAGAGCCUAGAAGGCAGCUGCCAUUCACUCUCUCCUCUCUCCUCCCCUUCAUUUUCUCCUUCUCCUCCUCCACGGCUGCCUCUCCAGCGCUCCCGAUCACUGAGGGAUUUGGGAAGGAAAGUGUUUGGCUCAAUGAGGUCGCUUAGUCUCAAACAGAAAUCAUCCAAGAAGUGACUGCUGUACAAAAAAGUGAACUUUAUCGUUUGCGUUGUACAUUCAAAAAUACCAGUGACGAUUAGUAUUAUAUUUGAUGUUUAAAAUAAAGUGCCAUCGUUUUGGAUUUUUAUGACUGAUCUGAUACACUGGCUCUCUAAUACUG